CUUGAUUGCACAACAACACAAGAAAACAGCUGACAGUGUCAGUAACAGUACAUGAGUACAGUUAACAUGAUAUUGAAAGAAAGAACAACAGUUUUAAACCAUUGAUACUGGCUUAUAUAUGGAUAUCUGAAGUCAAUAGAUAUGCCAAAAGUAAGAACAAAGAGGACUAAAACUGUGAAGUAUAUACCUUAUGCCUCUGGCUAUAUUCCUCCUUCCAAUGGAGAACAAAUUGAAGCUGUGGGGUAUGAUGGUAUUAUACCACCUGAAUAUAAUUUUCAGCCUGAUAAAGAUUUUAUAUUUUUCAAUCCAAUCCCAACACCAACAAGUAUUGAUGAUUGGUUAGCACAGUAUGUAGAUCCUGGUCAGACCUAUGCUGAUUAUUUAUCGACAUGCUCAUGGUUAUCACCAAGUCCAGUCAGUGGUAUUAAUCAAAAGUUUGUUCCAACUGGUACUAAUCUAGGUGACAAAUAUCCUGACGGGAAAAUAUAUCUUUUACCGAUUGGGAAGUUUAGUGGCAAAGGCUUUGUCCACUUCAAUGAACUAGCAAAGUUUGCUGAAAUAUAUUUAGGAAUAACUGUUGUUAUUCUAAAUGGAAUUGAUAUUGAUGUGAAUUUCACAGAUAAAAAAGUUUAUUGGACAAACAGUGUUUCAGAAAGCUCAUCUAAUGGUGAGAGAUCAAUAUCUCCUAACAAAAUGGCUUUGGAAAGUAGAUUCUAUGGCAAACAUCACCAGAUAGGAAUAGCCAGUUUGUUAUAUAUGCUCCGUCAAAACAUUCCCAAAGAUGCCUUGUCAGUGAUAGGAUUAACAAUGAGUGAUUUAUACAGAGAACAAUCAGACUUAUUUGUUGCUGGUUGGGCUGCUGGUGGAGAUCAUGUGGCAGUAUUCAGUUUCUUCCGUUAUGAUCCGUCACUCACUUUUUCCAAUGCUGAUUGGUAUAAUAUUCGUAGAAAUCAGCGUAUGUCUCAGGAACAUAUUCAGAAGCUAACAUUCCAAAGAAGUUGUAAAUUACUUGUGCAUGAGAUAGGGCACUUAUUGGGUAUAGGACAUUGUAUAUUCUUUGAUUGUUGUAUGAAUGGUUCAGGACAUUUAGCAGAAGAUUUUCGUCAGCCUAUGCAUCUUUGUCCAGUGGACUUACAUAAACUGCAAACACUUGUGGGAUUUAAUGUUUUAACAAGAUAUGAAAAUCUCCUCAAAUUUUAUCAGCAUCAUGGUAUGAAAGAUGAGGCUGAAUGGAUAUCCAGACGUAUUGACUUUAUAAGAAAUGCACCAAUAGAAAUAAUUUAAAACCUUGAGUUCUUGACAGUUCUAUUCUCCAUUAUAAUCACUUUCAUUGACAUUGUUUUAGUUUGAUAA